AUGACGAGACACGCCCAACCCGCUCAUAUGUGCUCAACGCUGCAACUCUUGGGACGUUUACGUGAUCUGAGGAACAAGAAGCAACACGUUGUUCUCAACGGCAAUAACCUCGACAUUGCUUCCAUUGUCGCUGUCGCCCGAUAUGCAGUCGAGCCCACUAUCAGCACUGAUGAGUUGCUUGUCAAGCGGCUCGAGAUCUCUGUCGACACUCUGGCCGAUGUGAUUUCUCAGAAAUGUGUCAUCUACGGCGUCAACACCGGUUUCGGUGGUAGUGCCGACACCAGAACUAACGAACUCAUCGACCUGCAGACCCAUCUGCUCCAAUUCAUCCAAAGCGGAAUUAUCACUGCCGCUGACAAGGAUCCGGCCAGCAACUCGGAGCGGGAACCAUCCCACGUCAUGCCUCUCUCCUGGGUUCGAGCCGCCAUUGUGGCCCGAGCUAAUCAAAAUCUCAGGGGUCAUAGUGCCAUUCGCAAAUGUGUGCUCGAAAGCCUGAUUGACCUGCUGCACAACGACAUUACUCCCCUAAUUCCGCUGAGGGGGAGUAUCUCUGCAUCAGGAGAUCUUAUGCCCAUGGCGUAUAUUGCCGGAGCAAUCAUGGGUAACCCAGAUGUUUUUGUCCAGAUUGGAAGGGGUGCACAAGCCAGAGUUAUGCCUUCUUCGGAGUCGUUGAAGAUGAGCGGGCUCUCCCCGUCAGGACUCGGCCCGAAGGAGGGACUAGGGCUGAUCAACGGGACUGCUCCUUCUGUGGCAGUGGCAAGCCUGGCACUAUAUGAUACGCAGCAGCUCGCGUUAUUGUCCCAAAUGCUGACUGCCUUCGCUUCCGAGUGCAUGGCCGGAAAUGUGGAGUGGGCUCACCCUUUCAUUCACGCUACUCGACCUCACACUGGGCAAAUCGAGGUGGCAAGGAAUAUCCGGCACUUUUUGAAGGGUUCCAAAUUUGUUGUUGGCUUAGAGUCGCAGAAGAAAUCCGGCGACGGACUCUGCCAAGAUCGAUAUUCGACAAGAACAGCUCCUCAAUGGAUUGGUCCUUACCUUGAGGAUCUUCUCCUGGCGCAACAUCAGCUCGAAGUGGAGCUCAACUCCACAUCAGACAACCCUCUGGUAGACAUUAGCAAGCAAGACGAUGGUUCCAGUGGGAGAGUAUACUCUGGUGGAAAUUUCCAAGCAGCCGCCGUCACGUCGGCUAUGGACAAGGCUCGUUUGGCUAUUCAGAUGAUCGGCCGAAUGCUUUGGUCUCAGGUCACUGAGAUCAUCAAUCCUGCUACAAAUAAUGGACUGGAGGCCAACCUCAAUGCCACCGCACAAGAGAACUUCACCAUGAAGGGGAUCGACAUCAACAUGUCAGCAUACAUGUCUGAGUUGGCAGCCCUAGCACACCCGGUUUCUGCCCACGUCAUGUCAGCUGAGAUGCAUAAUCAGGGUAUCAACUCUCUGGCUCUGAUUUCAGCCCGACGCACCAUAGAGGCCGUGGAUCUGUUGGCACACAUGAGUGCCUGCCAUAUAUAUGUCUCGUGUCAGGCUGUCGAGAUCCGCGCGAACCACGUCCAAUUUCUCUCAACACUCCGCAUGAAGCUGGAGGACUUCACGGCAAGCGGAGCCUUGUCUGGACUCGGAUUGAAGGAUUCGCAGACUGAGACACUAUGCGCAUUACUGCUCCCCAUUGUGCAGUCGAGCUGGUAUCGCGCAAACACCAAUACUUGGAAAGACCGUGUCUUGUCCGUAGUUGAAGCCGUUAUGUCAUCAGUGAACGAGUUCAUGGCGACUCACAACCCCGACUGUUCAGUGUCAACGAUCAUCGCCUUCAAGAAGCAUUUCCAGAGCAUCGUGUCCAGCACAGCCGAAGCAAUGUUUUAUCCCAGCCCAACUAUUUCCCCCGAUGUCGUGGCCUCGCAGCUUGGUAGGGGGACUGCACAGCUCUAUACCUGGGUACGCUCGAAACUCAACAUUCCCAUGAACUGUGGCCUCCAGGACGAUCCUUUGUAUAACGCCCAGAAGGGUCUUCCCACGCAGGGGAAAAAGAGCAUUGGAAGCUCGGUGAGCAUGAUAUAUGAGAGCUUGCUUGAGGGUGACAUGAUGGAUAUGGUUCUAGAAGAUUGGAUGCAGGACGAGGUUUAG